UGCCUGCUGAGGGAGCUGCACCGCUUCGAGUCCAUCGCCAUCGCACAAGAGAAGUUGGAGGUUGCACCGCCAUCCACUGGACAACUGAAACAUGUGUUCUUCCACAAUGCAGUACCUUUUGUAGGCUUUGGAUUUUUUGAUAAUGCAAUUAUGAUUGCUGCGGGCACGCAGAUAGAGUUAUCAAUAGGGAUUGUGCUUGGAAUUUCUACUAUGGCAGCUGCUGCCUUGGGAAAUCUUGUCUCAGACUUAGCUGGAUUGGGUCUUGCAGGCUAUGUUGAAGCUAUGGCCUCCAGAUUGGGUCUUUCAAUUCCUGAUCUCACACCCAAACAAGCUGACAUGUGGCAAACACGUCUUAGUGCACACUUGGGUAAAGCUAUUGGAGUGACCAUUGGCUGCCUUUUAGGAAUGUUUCCGUUGUUCUUCCUCGGAGAUGAAGAAGACAAAAAACUGGAAGGGAAAAAAUAACCUUUUUACAAUGCUUAUCUACACAUAUAUAAACUCAUGUACCUCAGAUAUACAACUAUGCUGUCAAAGUAUAUAGGAAUUUAGAGACGGUAACAAGCAGCAUGCAAUUUUACGGAAACACUUAACUUAUUGUGGCUUUGUCUUAGUACAUCUUUUUAUAAGGGGUUUUCCUUUUUUUAAAUGUAAAUUGUUGACAUGUGAUGUCACAUAACACUGAUGGUUGACUUUUACUAUGUCUCCCUCUUUGUUGGUUUCCUUCACCUGGAUUGUUACUUUACUUACCUGUCAUUGAUGCAGUGUAUAGCUUUUGGGUUUACAUUUUUCUUAGCCUUUGGAAACGCAUGGCACAAAUUGCCCCAGAUAUUCAUGGAAUCCUCCACUCCAGACUUAGUGUAGUUAGGUGACGGGUGCCCUAGGAAAUACCAUGCUGUAGCUUUCUUGCUUUUAUUUGUCUUGUGGCAAUAAUUGUACACAGGUGCCUGAAACAAAGCCUGUUAGAACAAGUGUUAACUUGAAAGGAGUGAGGGAGAGGUAUUUGCUGUAUAGCGAGGCCAAAAUACAGACCCAUUUAUGGCCAGUUUUUUUCCCAGACGACACUCUGAGUAUGUCCCUAAGUUAUGCAGGUGGCAGCUUAGAUCAAAGUAACCCUACAAGUCGGUAUCUGCAGUAGUAGACAACAUGCAAUGCAACAGAUUUGGAAAGCGUUUAAAACAUCUUGCCUCUGCAGCAAGUAGUGGCGGUCUUCAUUCUCAGAUUUCCACUGUCGAAUAUUCUUACCAGUCUGUGUGCAUGACUGUUUUGCCACAGUAUUCUUGAAAAUCAGGCUUAGUCUCACUUGACACAUGAACUUCCAACCUUAUUUAUCUUUCUAAAAAAGAAACAUAAUAUUAAUCAGUCCAAACUUCAUUCCUGAUUUUAAGGCAUUAAGGAAACAUGGUGAAGGUUCUGUUGGAUGCAGAAGAGAAUGUGGCUGGUACGAUGCUGUGUACAAGAACAGAAGAGCAGUUGUGAAGGGGAGGCAGUGGGCAAAGAUGAGAGCAGAGGAGAGUUUAGGAGAAGAGUAAAGUAAAAUAUGAAGCCUUGAAAAGAUACAGCUGUCCCCCAGAAUGCGCUGGCUUUAGUGUAAAGCAAAUGUCUGCCACUGUUGCAUGUGUUCUGCUUUAGCAAUUCAGAAAUAAUAUUUGUGUCCUUGUCUGUGAACGUUAAUAGGGGAGAAUGGUAAUCGGUCUAAAUUUGACACCGUCUGGACGAGUGAUUAUUAUGUGCAGACUUUAAUUUACAGAAAUAAACUUGUUUACUUUUCAUUUAA